AAAUCAGCGAUCGCUUCUGGUCAUACGUCGUUGGUCGUUUUGUAAAAAAGUCCCCCUGUUUCUUAGAAAUUAACCCACGCUCCUACUUAAAUCUGGAUAACGUUUCGUCUUUUUGCAUAAAACACCCUGCCUCCACUGAAUCGCCGUGCACGCCCCGCCGCUCGCUGCCGGAGCUGACUCCGCAGAGGCCAAGGCAGGGGAUGCGUCGCGGCGGGCGUAUGCGCCGCCCGUGCCGAGGAAUGGGGCGAGGCGUCGCGGUUGCCGUUGUAGAGCGUGGCGUACCGAGGCGUCGCGGCGGCCGUUGAAGGGCGCGGCGGACCGAGGCGUCGCCGCGGAGGAUGAUAAGGCGGCCGGCAUGCUCUCUUGGGGCGAGGCGUCGCGGCGCGGCAGCGGCACGCGAGGGCGUUGUGGAGCGCGCUGCGGCGGGGCGGCUUCAGGCCGUAUUGGCUGAACUGGACUGCGGGCGCUACCGCAACGGCGAACUGGAGGAGAGGCUCCGGCAGUGAGCCACGAGGUCGUCGCCGCCGGCCUCCGCGCCACGCUGUACCAGCUGCUGCAGCCCACCUGUGAAGUUGCUCUGGGACGCCUGUGUUCUGCCAUUCUGGUGCUCCAUUGCCGGUAGUUGUCCCUGUGCGGUGCGUGUGAACCCGCCGUGGCGACCUGCCCCGUGUGCGCGGCACCAAGUACGCCUCAUUCCAUGUCAAGCCAUGCCGACGACGGUGGACGUGUGUCGCGCUGUGCUCGCGCGCGAGACCGUGCCUAAUUUGGAAAGAUUGCAGACCGUGUCCUUGUCGAACGAAAUUCACCGUGUCCUUGUCGAACAAAAUUCAAUGGAGUGUCCAGUCCGGAUUGUUGCUUUCUGCUAUAUAAGAGGACGGAAGAGUAGUCGGCCAGAAUCUCCAUCAGAUCAAUUUUGGACGAAACAUCCAAUGUCUUCGCCAAGUUCGCCGGAGGAAGAAGCGUCGAGUUUGCCGGAGGAACAACAACAUCCGUCGAGCACUCCAAUGUCGCCUGCGGCGGCUACACCAGAGAAAACAGAUGACAUCGCUGAACUGAAGAUUACAGAGGAUUUGGAUAACCGACCUUCAAAAAAAGCAAAAAUUGCGGAAUUAGGUGUUCUGGAGCCAUCACCAAUGUCGCCAACUAUAUCAGCAUCUACACCAAUUUCUGGAUGUUUUGAAUCCAUUGUGCUGGAAUCAGAUAUUCAGAUAGAUCAUGAUCCAUUGCCAUCUCCUCCAUCCCCAUCUAGCUCAACAUUUUCUCCUGUUUUCUCAUUACAUGAUGUCAAGGAACUAGAUUCAAAUAAAGAGAUCAAAGUUGAUGAGACAUAUGAUUAUCUCCCACAAGAAUAUGAAUUAACCGACCAUGAUCUAUGUGCACAUAUAGCAAUAGAAUCAUCUUUAAGUAAAGAAUUGCUGGUUCAGAUAGAUGGAAGUUCUGUGAGACAAAAUCAAUUGAUGUGUCUGCUAGAUAAAAACGAGUGGGUAAAUGAUGAUGUGAUCUAUGCAUAUAUAUGUUGUUUAAAGGACCAAAUUCAUGUACAGAAUGACAAUAAAGUAUAUUUUGAGAGUCCUUUUGUUACCUCACUAUUAAAACGGGAUGGUAACCUCGGCAUACAAGAAGAUAGUUCCUUUAUGACAAAGAUUGUCAAAAAAUAUAUGGAGCAUGACAUGGUAAUAUACAUAUCCGUAACUUUCUUGAUUAUGUUUCAUUCAUUUUUAUUUUUUCCCUAAUUAUCUUUAUUUUUUCUUGACGAUGGAUUUUUUGAACUCUAAUUAUUGGCUACAUGCGCAACAACGACUCUGAGCUAGCUGCUACCAAUAAAACACCUACACUCUCAAUGCACCAAAAAAAUGGCAAAAUAAAUAAGAAAUGAAAUAUAAUAUUCUAAAAAAUGUUUGUCACCAUAAAAAGGAUUUCAUUUUUAAAAAAAAUCUAGAAAAUCUAAAAACACAUUCUCAAAGUAAAAAGUAAUCGUGUUUUUUUGAACAACAAAAAAAUUGAUUGAAAGAACAUUUCAUACACAACUACUAUUUCAUAGAAUGGAAUCAAAAUGACGAGCUGAAAUAGAUCAUGACAAACAUGGUUAGGGUACAUCCAAAUGUCAAAGUCCAAAAUGAAAUACUACAUGUAACCUUAUUUCUAACCUUUAUACAAUAAUUAAAUUAAAAAAAGUCUUGUAUAGUGGCAUA